UCAUUUUCUGCUGGCGCCAUUGUUUGCAGGAGAUGCGCUGAUGUUUGGGGCAAGUUGUUUUUCGCAGCAUCGAGUUUCUCCAAGUGAGUUUCGGUCAGGUGUUGAGGUAUCACAUUUCCAACUAUUUGGUGCCGUCGUCAUUCGACUGAAAACCAUCUGAGUUCGCUGGAGAAAGUUCACAUGAACUCGCCUCGUCUCUCCGGAAAACAUUUUUGGGGAAAAUUUUCUACUUGGACAGGAGUUUGAGUCCGAUUUGGCACAUAAUACUUUAUACAUCUGGAAAAAAAAGGAUGGUCCAACCACCAACAAGCACCCUGGAAAAUAGGGCUGAGAAAAAUUUAACAAGAGGUGAGAGAGGUCAUCCCAACAAAGAGCACCAUCGUGAUCGACAUCACUACAGUGAGCACUCCUAUCCUCGCAGGGAUCAGGAUGGUGACAACAGACAUCACAGAGAAAGGGAUUACUCUAAACAAAGUAGAGAUUGCGAGAGACAGAGGAGGAAGGAACGAUCAGAAGAGAAAAGUUCUCAUGCUAGAGGCGGCUACGGUAAUGAGCAUCGUACAAGAGAGAACCGAGACCGGAAAGAGAGGGACUACUACAAAAGGGAGAGUCGAGAUCGUCAUCACGACCAAGAAAGAAAACAACGUAAUUUUGAAACUCAUGAAAACUAUGAAAAACACAGUAAUCAACAGCGUUACAGAGAUGAAAAAGAAGUUUCUGUGCCAUCUGAUGAAAAAGCUCCCUACAGAUAUAACAAUUAUACUGAAACUCCACCGCCAGAAUAUAUAGUAGCUGAAGAUAAAAGAUCAGAGAUGUAUUACCACAAGCCAGAAGAUUCAGGAGGCAUCCUAAAUUGUCACAGUUGUCGUUACCUUUGCACAAAUCGAGGUAUAGUUCAGAUGCUGGAGAUCGUGUUAAAUAUGCUGGUGUUGGUGUGUGUAGUGGCAUCAUACAUUAUUCUCUCAGGAUACAGCAGUAAUGGUGGACUGGCAACAAGUUUCUUCAGUAUCAACAGUGAUUAUUCUCCAUUUGAAGGGGAGCAACUCAAACAAGUACAAGAGCUUGAUCGACAGUUUAUUUUAAUGCGAGCACCUGAACUCUACAGUGGCAUUGGAGUAACUAUUGCUAUGUUUGCCAUCACUAUGGGAAUCAUGGUUAAGAAUGCUCAAUAUUUACAUAAAAUAUCCCUGAAGUGGUUGAUUUUUGACGUCAUUUUCAAUGUGUUGGCAUCCUUGGGUUACACAACAGCCGUUGGUCUUUACUUGUAUUUUGUCCUCCAGGUUAAUAGCACAGAAGUUUGUAAGGAGAGGGAACUUCUUUACACAAGGUAUGGCCUCAGCUGGAUGAACUGUGAUUUAGCUGGUUCUGAUGCUGUAGCAGCCUGCUUUGGAAUACUCCUCAUCAUAUCAUAUUGUGCCAGUGCAAUACUGACAAUACAAUUGUAUCAAAAGAUGGGUCAUUCGAACAGAAAUAAAUAAGGUUCCUAAGACAAUUUAUUCUAUUCAUGAAUCUUUUGAGAAGUUUCAGAGAUAAUCUUAGAUAAAGGGACAGUAUGGUAUGGUGUUAAUCUAGAGCAGGAGAUUGGUUGAUGGAGUAGGGUGGUGGUGUGAGUGAGGGUGUAGUGUGGAGUGGAAGAGAAAUCUAACAAGGGCUAACAUAAGACAACAAUGUGUUUCCUUAAAAGAAUGUCUAGAAAUUUUUAGAUGAGGGGGGAUUUUAAAUGUGUAAACAUGGGUAAUCUGAUUACUUCAGUAUUGUACAAACAUAAGAUCAUAUGUUAACAUUCUUAAAACUAAUAUUAGAGAGUUUUUACUAAGAUCUAAAUGGACACUAUGAAAUCAGCAAAGCAUGUGUGCUUCAGCAAAAACGACCAGAGUUUAGGUUACAGAACAUAUGAAGUAGUGGUGGAAGUAGAUCACAUCACCCUUGAGCCUGCUUUGUCAUUCGAUAUAAUUGUGACUAAUCUUCACCUUCAAAUCCACUUUCUUGCCUUCUCCCCAUAUCCCUUGAAUCCCCGAGACAUCCAUAAAUCUCUUUCUUUAAUAAACUUGAUGGGACAUCUGGAUUAGGCAAUGCCAAAGCUUCACAAGUUUAAAUGAACAGUAUCCCCUCUUCUCUGUCCUUAAUGAUGAACCUCAUAUCCUGAGACUGUGACCCCAUAUCUUUAAAUUCAAUGGCCAGAGAAAUCAACUUCUCAGAGUCUGCCAUGUUGAAUCCCUUCUGAAUCUUGUGUAUUUCAAUGAGGUCAUUCAUUCUUCUUUCAUUCUUCUAAACCCUGGAGUAUAGGCCCAAUUUACUCAGCCUCUGAUUAUUGGACAAUCCCCUCAUCUCCAGGGCCAUUCUAAUGAGCCUUCCCUGUGUCAUUGCCAAUGCACAUUUAUCCUUCUUUAUGUAUGGAGAAUGGAAUUGGCAAUACUACUUCAGUUCUGACUUCACCAAAAUCCUGUGCAACUGAAGCAAAAGGUCCAUUUUCUUAGGCUCCAGUACCCUCCCAAUGAAGGUCAAUGUGAUAUUUGCCUUCCUAAUUGCUUGAUGUAGUCACACACUAAAAUUAGUUGUUUUACAUAUCAACAAUUAAUCAUUUCACAUUUGAAAAGCAGUUUGCUCCAUCAUUUUUAGUAUCAAAGUGAAUAGCUUUAUACUUCUUCACAUUAUACUUCACCUUAUUGCUCUCAAAUUUAUUCUGUCCAUAGCUCCUUGCAGCCUCUUUGUGUCCUGUUCACAGUUACAUUUGCAUCCUCCUGAGUAUAAUCAGUAAACAUAGUUUCAUUACCUUAGGUCUUUUCAUCUAAACCAAUAUCUUGAAUCAUCAUCGAAAUGGUGAAGUUGUCCAAAAGAACCAAAUUUAUCUUGUCUGAAGGAUUCAGCAGAAAUUUGCUGUCAUGCCUGCAGCAGGGCUCCAGCAGCGAACUUACAUUUGAUGCCUACUGGUGAGGUGUAUACUCAAUAAAGCUAUAUCUUAUUAACACGACUAGAAGCCAUCACAGCCCCUGAGCUGAAGCACUCGCUGUUCAGAUUGAUACUUUAUAGUGAGUUUAAACGGUUUUGAACUUUUUGUAUAUUUUUUAAUUGAAUAAAUAUUUGAAUACUUUUGAUCAUUUUUAUGUAUUUCUAUACACCUUUAAAUACUUUUGAAAAAUGUAAAAUCCUUGCAAAACUUUUAGUUACUGCUGAUAGAAAAAAAUUGUGCUAUUAGUGAGCUGCAGAGUCAAGCUGAUAAGAAGACAUGGCCACAGGUACCUGGCACUGUAUGACUGUAUAUAAUUUGGAUUAUUAUUGGAGAAUAAACUGAACAUCAACUAUAUAAUGACGAUUUUUACCCAGAUGGAUUUGUACUAGACAUAACUAUUACAGGCUCAUUACACAAUAGUUUUACUCCUGCUUGAUUCCAUAAUGUAUUAUUUCAGGAAACUUACAUAAAAGUAAUCGAUACACUCAUCUUCCAGACUACCUUUGCCAAUCUGAUUUGUCUGGCCCGAAUAAAGAUUAAA